AUGGAAGCCGCCGUCCUCGCAACCCCGACCGUGCCCGUGUCGCCCAUGACGAUCACCCCGAUCCCGACCGCGGCCGGUCUCGAGCUCCGCGACAAGCAGGUCGCGACGACCGUAGCUCUCACGACGACCUUCACCCCGCCCGCUCACUGCACCGAGAACCACCUGACGAUGCUUGUCGGCGCGCUGGAGAAGAUCUGGAUCAACGAGCCUGUGCCCCUUCCCAACUCGACCAUCACAUCAUGCUACCCUACGGAAUGGGUCAACGGAUACUCCUCCGUCAUGUCAAAGUCCAGCUCCAUGGCACCCGUCAUGAGCCCUCUGGUCUGCCCCAGCGGAUGGAACACUGUUAGCAGCACCUGGUCAAGCGGCUACAUCGCCUGCUGCGCUGAUGGCUUCACCUUUGCUGCUCCCACCAAGACCGCCGACCGCGACCGUCCUGCCUACGGCGGAACCUGCUACAGCAACUUCGACCUCAGCCAGACCGCCACCGUCACCGUCUACAACCCCGUCGAGCUCUCCACCACCAUCGCAUGGGUCGCGACUACGACCCCAGCCCAGGCCUACAACCACCCCAUCGAAGGUUUCGCCAUGGACUACACACCGACAACAUCGGCUGCCACGGCUCAAGAGUCAAGCGCCGGCACCCAGAACUCCGACGAGAACUCCGCGCCGAGGUCAGGCGGCAACUCCAAGGCGGCCAUCGUCAUUGGAGUCCUGCUCGCGAGCCUGAUGGCGUGGUAA